AUGUCCGCCUCCUCCUCCUCCUCCGAGUCAUCGGAUGAAUCGUCUUCUUCUUCGAGAGAAGGAGGAGAGGAGGAAGAGGAAAGCCAAGCGGCGAGGCUGGUGCGAGCGGCGCUCGAAACGCUUUUAAACGCAGAGUCUCGACCGUUCACGUGGUACCAGUGCAGAAAUUUAUGGUCCAGGAAGUUACUUCGCAUUCGCGCGAAUUCCAAGCUGUCUUGUUUCUCCGAGGCAUUGAGAGAUUUCGAGGCGUCUGUUUUAGUGGAUUUUCAAUCGAGAUGGUGGAUAGAAAAUCGUCGGCGAAGGUGGUUGGAACACGUAGAUAACGUUCGCGAGCGAACGAACGACGAUGAAGAAGACGAAGAGAGCGAUGGAGAGGAUAAGUGCGGGGAUUUGUAUUGGCUGUACGCGAUGUUAGCGAUGCUUUUGGAGUUGGAGUCGUCGAUCGAGGAAAGCGCGUUUCAACCGAGCGGCGAACGCGAGCGGAGGAGAUGGAGGAGAGAGUGCGAAUAUUUAGAGGAAGCGGUGAGAGAAAGCAUUGGGUUGGAAGCAGCGCCGCACCGAAUUUUGAUGGGGAGAGAAAGAGAACAGGUGAGAACUGCAGCGUUUGGUCGCGGCGAGAGAGACGAGGAAGACGGACCAAAUAAUAAUUCGAGUAGUAGCGGGAUCGAAGAUGAAGAUGAAGAUGAAGACGAAGAAGAAGGAGAACGCAUCAUCUCGCGAAGAUUACGACGACAACGCCACUCGAUUGCCAGGAAUACAAACAACAACAACCCUGCCUCUGAUUUACAUCCAGUUUCGUUUCGAGUCGAGCGGAGAGAAAGCGUGCCACUUCGCGUGGUUGAAACCGACGAAGCCGAAGAAGCCGAAGAAGCCGAAGAGAUGUUUUCGAAUUAUUCUACCGCGAACGCUGACGCUCAAACCGUUGGGAGACGAUCGUCGGUGAUUCAAUUCUCUCGAGAUUCACCGAGAACACGCAUGAGACACGUCCUCGAGAACAACAACAACGACGCGACGCCAAACGUCUUCGCUCGACCGACGGAUAUUUUGGAAACCGUCUAUUCCAGCUUCGACGCGGACAUCAACGCUCGGUCUCUUCGCGAAGCGCACAUGCGCAUCGCGAGAGCCGCGAGGGAAGGACUCGACGCGUCCACGCACUUGGCCACAAUCAUCUCACACCUUACGACGCAGCGCGCGACGACGACGACAUCCGCACGUUCCACUUCUACGAACACGCCGCCUUCGAUGGUGAAUCGUGGGUAUCGUUCAUCGUCGAUUUCUCGUCGUCGCUUGGAUUUUGAUGAAGACGAAGACGAAAACGACGAACAAGAACAUUCAGAAAACCUCAAAAACGAAAUCACGCGUUUGAAAGAUCAAAUCGAUAAAUUGGAAAAGGCUUCGACGUGUGUUAUCUGUUAUUCGAAUCCGAGAGCCUGCACGUUGCUUCCGUGCUGCCACUUUACCACGUGCCUCGAGUGCGCGAAUCGAUCCAGAGAGCGGUUCGUCGAGCAGGCGAACGAGGACGAGGACGACGAGGAGGAGGACGCGGGAGAAGAUGAAAACGACGACGACAUAAACAAUAAUAACAACAGAAAGGUGAAGAAAAACGAGGUUUUCUUUCGGUGCCCGACGUGCCGAGCGAACGUCACGGGGGUGUUACAAGUGUUUCCGCCUUAA